AUGGAAUUCUCAUUCUCCACUGAUAACCUAUCCCUCCUCAAUCCUACUCACGAUAAGAGCCCUCCACAAUUGAACACUCUUAGAGUAUACUCUCGAUUGAUUCAUCAAAUGACACGAUUUGACUAUGGUGAUGAUAUUGGUAAUUGUGGUGGUGACUAUUAUAUUGGAGUUGCAAUAUAUCAUGUCGAACAAAUGUUGGAUAAUAUUAAAAACAAAAAAGUAAUAAAUACAACUAAUCACAACCAAGACAAACAAUCGAGUAAAGAUGAAGAGAUAUUUAGAUUUGGUAUUAUUAAAUGGGUUGAUAUUAUGUUAACGAAACCAAGUAAUCGUCAACAGUCAAAAUGA